AUGAAUCUAAUGGCUACUUAUCAUCCCGCGGACAAGGAUUAUGGGCAUAUGAAAGUCGAUGAACCGCCAACACCAUACAAUUUCGAAUACAAUGCACCGAAGGAAUCAAAUCAAGGCGUAUCACCAGAGGCCUUAGCAAGCAAGCUUGCGGCUGCUUCGGGAACACUGCCUAAAAUGCUCGACGAUGGCAAAUGCGAUGCGGAGGCUAAAAUGACACCUGAAGAGGCAGAACAACAUCGAAAAUUUGAGGAGAAGCGGAAGAAGCACUACAAUGAGUACCAAGCAGUCCUCGCGUUAAGAGAGGCUCACGCUUCUGAGGAUGAUGAGGAUGACUCCAGCGACUUUGUGGAUCCAAUUGCAGCGCAGAACGCGAAGAUUAACGCAGAGAUGAAAUUUUUUGCUUCGCGCAAUCCGGAAUGA